CCCUCGGCCCCCCCCGGACCCGCCACCGCCACCCCUCCCCUCUGCCUCGUUUGACUUGCCGUCGCCUCCGCCGCAUCACCCUCGUCGUCCUCGCUUGCUGCACAGGCGGCUAGCGUCAUCGUCCGCAGCCCUCACGCGAGGAAGGAGAGGACCCCGCCGGACCCUCCCCUGCGCGCCUCGCGCUGGAGGCCCUUGCGUGAGGAAGGAGGGGCGCGGAGGCGACGACGGGUCCGAGAGGGGCUAAUGGGGUUGGCGGAGGUGACGACGAUCUUCGUGCAAGUGUUGCGGGCGGGGACGGCGAGGGCUGCCAUCGCCUCCGCGCCCCCUUCUUCCUCGUGCGAGGGCGAGGCGGGCAGGGGCAGGUCUACGAAGACAACGAUUGGUCAGACAGGACAGAGGGGAGGGGAGGGGAGGUGGUGGUGGAGGCGGCGCAAGGGCGGUGCAAGACGGAGGCAGGUUUGGUGGGGGCUAAGGGCAAAAUUAUUUUUCACAUAAUAAGGGCGAGAAUUUUUAAAUGUUAAGUUGGAAUGCUCUGAGAUUUUUUUGAAAGUUGGAUGCUCAGCUUGAAUUUCCGAACGAUAUGUGGCUUUCCCUUCCUUCCUCUCCGAUCUUUCGCUUUUUGUUGUUUUGGGUUCUUCUUCCUUCUGAUACAUUAAAGAUAGGUUUCUGAUGUUGGUAGAAGCGGUUUGGCCUGCGAUCCAUCUAUUCAUCACGACAACGAGAACUUACCUGGAAACCCAUCAUCGUUCUUCAACCCUCGCAAUCAUUAGCCGCAAAGGCAACAUCCAGAUCACAAGAAGUCGUUGAUUGUAAACAUCAACGAUGGGUUAUGCACAUCCGGUGAUCCGACCUGCCGGAAUCCGCAAGUCGACUUACUGCUCUAGCUUGUACCAACAUUGCGAGACUACGAGAAGGACUGUGCAUAUAGUGAACCUAGAUCCAGCGGCUGAACAUUUCGACUAUCCUGCCGCUGUGGAUAUUAGAGAGCUCAUAUGUCUGGAUGACCUCAUGGAGAAACUUGGCUUGGGCCAAAAUGGGGGGCUCAUUUAUUGCAAGAAGUUGAUGAUUUUAGCAUGGUCAACUUUCUAGUUUAUACCACUCGACUUGAGAAGGAGAGCAGGAAGAUAUUGCAUCUGUCGUUGUUCUAUCAUUGGCCCUCAUCAUCGACUUCAUGCACUGACCUACUUGAUUACGACUACCAAGGGGGCAUGGCUAAUCUCGUUGAGACAUGUUGCGGUUUUAUCCAUCCAUAAUUGAUAUUUGAGGUUCUUCUUUAUGACUGUCUUGCAGCAUACAGUAUGUGCUAUCAUGCAUCGACAACUGCAUCCAGUUUGGUGAAGAUGAUGCUGAUGUGAAGAUCAAAGAUUUUGAUCCUGUUGAAGAUGAAUAAUUUUGCGUCUUUAGUUGAGAAUGUGUAUAAUAAUUCAAGGGAGACAUGAAGGAACUGAGGUCAGAUAUUGACCAGCAUCACUUUUUGAUUGCACCUUAAACCAGGAAAAAUGAAAUGGGAGGAUUUGCCCAUCAAUCUCCUUCUACAGAUUUUUAAAGAACUAAAUCCAAUCGAUCAUGGUGCGGUAGCCCGAGUCUGUCACUUAUGGCGAAUGACUUAUUUGGAUUCAUCACUUUGGAGAAUAGUCGAUCUCGGGUCUCUACGAUCCAACUCUAUAUGGGUAAACACAAGGAUUAGGUUGUCACAAGCACUGAGGACUAUGGUGACUUAUGGUCGUGUAAACAUCAGGUGCAUUAUAUUUCAUCCCCAAUUGCUUAUCAAGGAUGAACACUUGAACCUCAUUGCUCAAGGAUGUCCUCAUCUUAAAAGACUUGUCGUGCUACGUUGGGAAGUCAUGAAUAAAAAUGCAAUGUGCAAUGCCAUAAAGAACUUCAGAGAUUUGGAAUCGAUGAUCGUGCCCGGGAACACUUCACUACAUAUAAUGAAGAUGAUGAGUAUGUCCUGUAAGAGCUUCUCUGAGUUGAAGGUCAUAGGCUGCUUUCCCAAGAGAUUCGGCAUAAGAGCUACAUUAUAUCUACCUGGGUUGAAGGUAUUGAGCUUGCGGUGUUGCAGGACAUCCAUGGUAGCUAUCGAGAUGAUAUUGGGAGGCAUGAACCAUCUUGAGGUGCUUAAUCUAUCGCAUGCCCUGGUGCAACUCGAGGUGGGAUCAGAAGUCAUGCCAAUAGCAAAAUGGUUUAAGGAGAUGACAUGCAAAUUUGUGCUCGAAACGGCUUCCACAUUGAGGAGCUUCUUGUACUGUCAGGACUAUGUAUCAUGUAGUGAAUGCAAGACGAUGAUGGAUGGUGGCUUGGGGCAUGACAAUGGAUUUUGGCGACACGAUGAGGUGGUGUCUUUAGACUUGCGCAAAGACACUCACCAUAAUGUUGACGAUGGUGUUUAUGAUUAUUAUCGUGGUGAUGAUGAAGACCUCGAUGAUGAUGAUCAUGCUGAUGAUGAUGAUGAUGAUAAUGAUUAUGAUUAUGUUAGUGAUGCCGAAGAAGACGAUGAUGAUGAUGACUAUGAUGAUGAUGAUGAUAAUGUUGUGGAUGACACAAAUGAAGACGACGACGACGACGAGGAUGAUGAUGAUGAUGUUGUGGAUGACACAAAUGAAGACGACGAUGAUGAUGAUGAUGAUGAUGACGACGAUGACAACAAUGAUGAUGAUGUCAAUGAUGAUGAUGAUGACAACGAUGAUAAUGAUGAUGACAACGAUGAUGAUGAUGAUGAUGAUGAUGAUGAUGAUGAUGAUGACGACGAUGACAACGAUGAUGAUGAUGUCAAUGAUGAUGAUGAUGACAACGAUGAUAAUGAUGAUGACAACGAUGAUGAUGAUGAUGAUUACAACGAUGAUGAUGAUGUCAAUGAUGGUGAUGAUGAUGAUGAUGAUGAUGAUGAUGAUUACAACGUUGAUGAUGAUGUCGACGAUGAUGAUGAUGAUGAUGAUUACAACGAUGAUGAUGAUGAUGCGAGGAGAUGAUUUCCUUCUGCCAAAGAGCAAUUAGACUUUAUUUCCUUCCACCAACAGCUCUUGUGAUGCGAGAAGAAGAAGCAGCAGCGAUCAAUUUAUUUCCCUAGUGUCAAAAUAAUAAUAAUUUCAUUCCCCUUUUAAAACUAAUGUUUUAAGUCACUCGGUGUAAAAUACUUAAGGAUUUCUACGUGCCUAUUCUAUUUAUUGCAAGUAUUGUAUUUGUGCA